AUGAGUAUAGCAUAUCUCGAUCCAGGGAAUAUCGAAAGUGAUCUGCAAUCUGGAGCGAAAGCACAGUAUAAGUUAUUAUGGGUGUUACUUUCCGCUCAUAUUACUGGGAUGUUACUGCAACGAAUGUCAGCUCGAUUAGGAGUUGUAAGUGGAAAGGACAUGGCCGAAGUAGCCGCAUACUGUAUUAUCCCUCUGUAUGUCCUCGUCUAG